UUUUCGUUCCCGAUGCACUGCCGAUCAUGCAAGAAUGAAGAACUAACAGCCAGCUGUACAGAUUGGUUGGAUCUCAGACACGAGGUUUACUAUAUAUCAUCGACAUUGAUUUAUUCUCGUUCACGACAAAAGCAAUUCUAUUUCGGUCCCCCCAGUUGACCGUCACCACAAGUCGACACAAUCGUCUCGACUCGUCUCUGUAUACGUUUUAUCCCUGCUUGUCGCCCUAACUCGCGAAGAAAAGCAUAUCAGUAAAUGGCCCGAGUAGCCUACUGAUUUCCUGUCGAUUACUGUCGACUAAGCCUUGACGCACGCUCGCAUUCACGCUCAGCUCACAGGACCGUCUUAACUGUGGUAUAAACCCGCAGUUUCGCUUUACGGUCUUCAAAAAGCUUCAACUUCCGACAAAGGUCGCGUUCCGAUCUUCGUCGGACCUACCCCAAUCCUUUCAUCAUGCCCGGAGGCGUGUGUGCCGUCCUCGAUUACGAGGUCGACAUGAUGUCCGAGUACGUUGCUGAGAUGGCCACUCGCGUUGUUACACCCGAGGCUGCUGUGACCUCGCCCUUUCGCAAGUUCGUGUCUCAGAUCCUCACUUCAACACGACUGCCCAGUACCACGAUUCUUCUUGGAAUGAACUAUCUCGCCAAGAGAAUCAACACCUUGAAGGGACAGGGUCCUUACAAGGCCUCUGAGGGUCAGGUCUGGCGCUACCUGACUGUUUCUCUGCUUCUGGGAAGCAAGUUUCUCGAUGACAACACCUUCCAGAAUCGCUCUUGGUCUGAGGUGAGUGGCAUUGCUGUGUCGGAGCUCAACUCGCUUGAGUUCGAAUGGGUCGAGUCCAUGGGUUGGCGACUGUAUGUCAAUCUCGAUAUGAGCAAGGACUACCAGGCCUGGCUUGAGAACUGGCGUGAAUGGCAAGAAAUCAAGAAGCGACAGGUCGCCCAGGCCAGCCGCGAGAGGCUUGCAUCUAUUGUCCCCGCCAUCGACACGGAGAUCGCCAGAUAUUCUGGCCAGCGCCAGUCACCUCACUCGCGUUACCUUCAGGAACAGGUUGCCGAGUAUGAGCGUUACCAGGCCAUGAAGGCUCAACAACAAAGCUAUCGCCCACGCGAAUCUGGCUGGGGCCAAAGCUCUUGGGGUGCUCCCCUCACGCCCCCCGAUUCCGGAUAUGGCACUCCAGACUAUGCCAUGUCAGCUACGUCGAGCAAUGAGCGCUAUAACGAGUGGUUUUCACAGGCUGCUACUCAAUAUGCUACUCGAUACCCUCAGCCUCCUGCUCAGACUACCUUCUAUCCCAACUCGCGCCACAACUCCUACGGCGGCCACUACUCGUACUCUCAGAACAUGUGGGAACAUGGUCUUGCCGAGUGCAGCUGCGCUGCUUGUGUGGAUCCCAUGAAGCAGCAGGCUCCUUAUUUCGUGCCUCACGGCUACAGUCAGCCCGUCAUGGGUUAAACGUUUUUCAAAAGUUUCACAUAAUGGCUCUCUAUUCGAGCGCAGUUCGGUCUUGGAAAGAAGAAAAAAGUUUUACAGGGUUUUCAUUUUU